AUGGAAGGUGGUGGUGGUGGAGGAGAAAAAACAAAAGGGUCAUGGAGUCCUCAAGAAGAUGCUACGCUAGUAAAGCUAGUACACAAACAUGGGCCACGUAACUGGUCUUUGAUAAGCCUAGGGAUUCCGGGGCGGUCUGGAAAGUCGUGCCGACUGCGGUGGUGCAACCAGUUGAGCCCGGAGGUGCAACACCGUCCAUUUACGCCAUCGGAAGAUGCUACCAUCUUGCGGGCGCAUGCUAUGCAUGGUAAUAGAUGGGCCACUAUUGCACGCCUCUUGCCCGGGAGGACCGAUAAUGCUAUCAAGAAUCAUUGGAAUUCCACGCUUAGAAGAAAGCGUAAUAACAACAAUGAUGACAAACCGAGUUGGGAUGAGUCGGGAACCGUGUCGACCGAGCGGGAAUCGGGAUGUAAGAGAAGGCAGUGUUCACACGUGUCGCAGGAGCAGAGUGGUUAUGGUGGGACUGAAGAGACUUCGAUUACGUUGACGUUAUUGCCCCCAGGGGAGGGAACGAGAGACUCAGUCGCGGAAGAGAAAGUGGAGAUGAUAAAGGAGGAGGUGGAGGGGAAAUCGACGGUGGAUAUGGAAGAGACUUGUUUGGUGACGAUAAUGCAGAGGAUGAUAGCACAUGAAGUUCGUAGUUACAUUGACAAAUUACGAGGCCAGGGUGGGCUUGGGCUUGGGCUUGGAAGCCCAGAAAGGUCUGUAAAUUGA